AUGAAGUUUCUGUCCUGCUUCGGCGAGAAGCAAAAGACUGCGCUAGAUGAGGAUGCCCUGCUCGAGGGGCAGAAACCGGGAUGCGUCUUCUGCGGCGUGACUAGGGAGAAAGGCUUCGAUAUCAUCGAGGAGGACGAGGAACUCAUCGUCUUCCGCGAUCGCUGGCCAAGGGCUGCCGAGCAUCUCCUGGUCAUCCCGCGGAAACACGUCAUCAGCGUCGUGCCGGAGCUCACGGCGCGAGACAUCCCCAUGAUUGAGCGAAUGGAAGCCCGUGGCCGCGCCCUCCGCCCCCAGCCCGGCGUCAAGACGGGUUUCCACAUCCCGCCCUUCUCGAGCAUUCAUCACUUGCACAUGCACGUGCUCGUGCCCCCGUGGCGACCGCUUGGCAAGGUGCAGUACCCCGUCCGCGAGGGGGAGGACGGGGGCAAGAAAUGGACCUGGUUCGUCACGCCGCAGCAGGUCGUGAGCAUCCUCGAGAAUGGGGGACGGGUCGGUCUUGGGGCACAGGCUGGCAAGAAGCCAUAG